GGCUAUUCCACGAAUAUUCUAAUCUAGCAUCUAAUAGCAUGGCAAACUCAAAAUAUGAAUACGUCAAAAACUUUGAGCGAGAGAAUCACCUCCUUCCGUCUUGCUACAUUUUGAUCCGCGUGGAUGGCCGCGGGUUUCACAAGUUCAGCGCACACUACGAGUUUGCGAAACCAAAUGAUGCCGCCGCCUUACAGGUCAUGAACCAGGCAGCGGAGCAGAUGAUGCGCCAGUUCCCCGACAUUAGCGUGUGCUACGGGGAUUCUGACGAGUACUCGUUCUUGUUGAGACGUAAUUGUGAGCUUUUUGAGCGCCGCGAGUCAAAGUUGACCUCAACUUUUGCCAGCACGUUUUCCGCAUUGUACCAGUUCUACUGGCGAGAAGUGAUCCCAGAAAAGCCGUUGACGGUCGAGCGGUUACCCACAUUUGAUGCCCGGUGCGUGGUGUACCCCAACGCAGAAAUCGUCCGCGACUACUUCCGUUGGAGACAGGUGGACUGCCACAUCAACAACUUGUACAACACCACAUUCUGGUACUUGGUAUUACAUGGGGGGAUGACAACGAAGGAGGCAGAAAACCGGUUGAUUGGGACGUUGGCGAGCGAUAAACACGAAAUUUUGUUCUCCCAGUUCCAACUCAACUACAACAACGAGCCUGAGGCGUACAAAAAGGGCACCACGAUCUGCCGCGAGUAUAGUGUGGUGGAUGCUAUUGAAGGGGGAAUGAUGAAAAUGGAGUUGAGCGAGCGCCAGAAGCAGCGUGAAGAGAAGAAGCGCAAGAAGGCCAAGGUAGUGGUGCAUCACACGGAUAUCAUUAAUGACAAGUUCUGGAACGAAAGGCCAUGGUUGUUGCAAUAGACUCUAGUGAUAAUAGAUAGUGUAAGGAGAUGCUGCCGUAAGACCCAGUGAACCCGGAUUAUUUGGACGACACCAAGUCAGAAUUUACAAUUGAUAGAUGCGGAAGGAUUGAUACUACACAAUAAUACUCGUGCUCAAUGUAGAGUGGUGACAGGCUGCGUUUCAUGUCGUAUUUGCAGCCGGGUACGAGCAGAUUCUCGAAGGC